AUGGCUGAUGCGACGCCAGCGGAAGCAAGCAGCAGCGGCGAGGCCGCGGGCGAGAAGAGCAAUAAGAAGAUCACGCUGAUCAGCUCCGACGGCGAGAGCUUCGAGGUCACGGCGGAGGCGGCGGCCAUGUCGCAGACCAUCCACCACAUGAUGGAGGACAACUGCGUCGAGAACGGCGUCCCGCUGCCCAACGUGCCCUCCAAGAUCCUCUUCAAGGUCAUCGAGUACUGCAACAAGCACGUCUCCAGCGGCGAGCAGGACCUCAAGAGCUUCGACGCCAGCUUCAUCAACGUCGACCAGGCCACGCUAUACGACCUCAUCCUCGCCGCCAACUAUCUGGACGUCAAGGGGCUCCUGGAACUCUGCCUGCAGACGGUGGCCGACAUGAUCAAGGGCAAGACGGUCGAGGAGAUACGCAAGACGUUCAACAUCAAGUGCGACUUCACGCCAGAGGAGGAGGCCGAGAUAAAAAAGGAGAACCAAUGGGCCUUCGAGUAG